ACACCACCAGUGACCAGCCAGUGGCAAGACAAGGCAAUCAGAUUCAGACUCUGACGUUUUAUUCUAAGACAGUAAACAGUGUCUUACUUAUCAUAUUUGAAAUUAACUAGAAUUGACCCCUAGUUGAAGUAGUAAGGCCAACACAUGCAUUGCAAACUGAAUGUGCUGUUAUUCACCAUGUUAUAUGUUCGUACCAACUUAGGAAAUACAUUUGGAAACUACACAGAUUGUCUGGUUGCUUGAUAAAUGUAAUUUGGUUCAGCAGUUAUGAGAAGGGGAACUCUCUCCAAAGCUGAUCAGGAAUGUAUAGGAUAGGUCAGUCUAGAUUAAGUUAAAUAAGAACAUUAUUAUUUAUGUCGUAUCCAAUUAUCCUUUCACUGAAAAAAUGGUGAAAACUAUAGGCCAGUAGCAGAUUAAGGUCACAUAUGUUUCAAAGGAGAAAACAUUUUGGACGGCUGUUGUUGAGGUUACUCCUAUGGUUAAUUGUGGGAAGUGUUUGAAAUUAGUGAGAGAGAGAGAGAGAGAGAGAGAGCACGUGUGUAGCCUGUGUCUGUGGGUGUAAAAAGGAUUAAGAAGCCUCUCUUCCGACAAGACAUUUUCCAGAAGCGGCUGCAGCGUGAUGGCAGGGGCGAAUUUUCCAUCAAGAUGAAGUUCUAACGCUUGUGGGGCAGAUGCAGAGCGCUGCUUCAGAGUACAUCAUUCACUGGAGAUGAUUACAUGUACUCGCAUCUGCGAACGGAAGACUUUCAAUGCAAAUGCAAAGGGUAAGUUUGGGAGCUUGAGUUUUAACCGGCCUUUUGGUGAACAUUGGAAACGCGUUAUCAAGUGGUAUGGUAUGUCUUAAAAGACCUUCCCAUUACGCAUUCUUCUGCACCUUGAGGACUUUUCAGGGUUAAAUGGUGCUGAUCACUGAGGAUGGUACCGGAGGAAAUCCACCUGUUUUCAAAGUCGAGCAAAAUGGAACUAUCGGGACUGGUAGCGGUGCGCUACAGGAGAGGGACUCACCUUCCCAAACUGUUGAAUCGGAUGAAACGGUGCAUAAAGACGAGGAUGACAAUGGUUACAUCUACGAUGACGAUGACGACGACGUGUACCAGGAAUUUGAGGAACUCGAUCUUUCGGACUUGCAGGACAACAGAAGCAUUGUGUCCGAUGAUUCCUUUUAUCCUCGCGACGAUUCUCUGUUUGGAAGAUCUCCCACCCCCGAUAGUCCAGAACCACUGACAUUUUUCAGAGCAUGCAGCAAUAACAACGCUAUCAUUGUGAAAAUAAUGAUACGACAAGGUGUAACUGAAGAAGAAGUACGAGAAGUAGAUAAAAACAACAGAUCUGGACUGAUACUUGCCUGUUACAAUGGCUAUGUAGAUGUGGUCAUCGCCCUGGCCCACUGUCCCUUCAUAGAUGUCAACUGGCAGGACAAUGAAGGGAACACUGCCCUCAUCACAGCUGCACAGGCCGGCCAUCUGAUGAUUUCCCAGUUCCUACUCAACUACUUCCCAGGGCUGGACAUCGAGCGCAGGAACUGCCAUGGGUUCACAGCCUUGAUGAAGGCGGCCAUGCAGGGCAGGGCAGAGUGUGUGCGCGCCCUCAUGAUGUCAGGUGCCGACGUCGAGGCCCGGGACUUCGGGCGCAAGCUGACGUCGCGCGAGUGGGCCCUCUUCACAUGCCGCUAUGAGACGGUGCGCAUCAUAGAACGUCUGAUGGAGCAGCCAUGCGCCGAGCAGUUCUGCGACUCGUACCGGCUGGAGUGGCCGCAGCUGGAAGAGAUGGUGGCCCAGGCGCAGGAGCCACGGUCCUGCUGGAAGCGCUUGACCGACUGCACCCGCUGCUGCUCCUUCAGCAUCAGCAACAAAGUGAAUGCGGUGGACGACGGCGCGCUGGACUACAUGGUGCGCUUCACCACCGCCCUCAACGGGCCCAUCCUGGCCACAGGCUGCCACACCGUGUGCCCUCGGAGCCCGCCAUGCGUGGGCAAGCGGCGUCCGGCCGUGCAGGACAUCCUGCGGCAGCAGCGCGCCAACGAGCUGCGCAGCCUGGCCUCGGCUCCCGAGCGGCUGGCCACCUACAAGCGGCUCUUCCAGAACUCGCGCGUGCUGCUCGUGCCCAAGAAGAAGGAGCGGCGCGCCAGCCUGCAGCCCCAGAUGCUGCAGGACAUGGCGGUGGCGUCCUCGCUGGCGCUGCGCCGCUCCAGCCUGCUGCCCUUGCACAUGAUGCGCCGCAGCAGCGUGCGCCCGGGCCUGGUGGUGCCCAAGGUGAUGCUGUGCAAGGCGCCGCCGCCCGCCCACCCGCCCGAGAAGAAGCCGCGGCGCCACCGCGACGAUGCCCACCUACAGAUACCCAAGUGGAAGUACAAGGAGGUGAAGAGCGAGAAGAAACGGGCGGACGACAAGAUCAGGUUCCCCUCCCCACGGAGAUGACGUUUGCCAGUGAGCUGCGCCACUUUGGUCUUUUUUAUCCCACUUUGACAAGCCAGUCAAUUACAAACUACUAAGAAAUUGAAACUUCACUACUUCACUUCAUUACUAUUUAUGAAAAAGACUUUUACUGUUUUGACAAGUGGUGUUUUAGUGGUGUUGAGCAUUAAUGAAUGGCGUCAGCAAUUAACCACACUUAUCAAGAGUAACAGAAAGACCACAUGUUUAUUCAUCUACCAUGUUAUAAUAAUAAUAAUAAUUGUUGCUGUUGUUAUUAUUGUUAUUAUUGCUGUUGUAUUAAUGCCUCUCAUUCCACUAGUGAGGAAAUCAUACUUGAAAUUUGAUACAGAACACUUUUUUAUAACUGCAAUAAUUUGUUUGUACAGUAUUAACAUUUUGUUAUGACUGGGCACUGAUGAGACAUCUGGCCACAGAGGCCCUCAGCACUACGUAAUGAGACUAGGGGGGAAAGCUGUGAAGAUGUCCUCAAUAUCACAGUGGCAGUGUGUUAUCACAGUGUGAUACGUAUGUAGAGCUCAAUAAAAGGAGAACCUGC